AUGCUGAGCAGGUUGAUGAGCGGCAGCAGCAGGAGCCUGGAGCGCGAGUACAGCUGCACCGUGCGGCUGCUGGACGACAGCGAGUACACCUGCACCAUCCAGAGAGAUGCCAAAGGCCAAUACCUGUUUGACCUUCUCUGCCACCACCUGAAUCUACUGGAGAAAGACUAUUUUGGGAUCCGCUUUGUGGACCCUGAUAAGCAGCGGCAUUGGUUGGAGUUUACAAAGUCUGUGGUGAAGCAAUUGAGAUCCCAGCCUCCGUUCACCAUGUGUUUCCGUGUGAAGUUUUAUCCUGCAGACCCUGCGGCCCUGAAAGAAGAAAUAACCAGGUAUUUAGUCUUCCUGCAGAUCAAAAGGGAUCUCUACCACGGUCGCCUCCUCUGUAAAACAUCAGAUGCUGCCUUGUUAGCAGCUUAUAUCCUUCAAGCGGAGAUUGGGGAUUAUGACCCAGGAAAACACCCCGAAGGCUACAGCUCCAAGUUCCAGUUUUUCCCUAAACAUUCAGAGAAGCUGGAAAGGAAGAUUGCUGAGAUUCACAGGACAGAGCUCAGUGGUCAAACACCAGCAACUUCAGAGCUGAACUUUUUAAGGAAAGCGCAGACAUUGGAGACGUACGGAGUGGACCCCCACCCGUGUAAGGACGUGUCAGGAAAUGCUGCAUUUCUGGCCUUCACUCCUUUUGGGUUUGUUGUUCUGCAAGGAAACAAGAGAGUCCACUUCAUUAAAUGGAAUGAGGUGACCAAGCUGAAAUUUGAAGGAAAGACCUUUUAUUUAUACGUAAGUCAGAAAGAGGAAAAGAAAAUUAUUCUCACAUAUUUUGCUCCAACUCCAGAAGCCUGCAAGCACCUCUGGAAAUGUGGAAUCGAGAACCAAGCCUUCUACAAGCUGGAGAAGUCAAGCCAAGUGCGCACAGUGUCCAGCAGCAAUUUAUUCUUUAAAGGGAGCCGGUUCCGAUACAGCGGCCGAGUUGCAAAAGAAGUAAUGGAGUCCAGUGCCAAGAUCAAGCGGGAGCCGCCAGAAAUACACAGAGCGGGGAUGGUCCCCAGCCGCAGCUGUCCCUCCAUAACCCACGGCCCAAGGCUGAGCAGUGUCCCCAGGACCCGCAGGAGAGCUGUUCACAUCUCCAUCAUGGAAGGCCUCGAGUCCCUGCGGGACAGUGCCCACUCCACCCCGGUACGUGCCUCCUCCCACGGGGACACGUUCCUGCCUCACGUGAGAAGCAGCCGGGCAGACAGCAACGAGCGAGUCGCCGUGAUUGCAGACGAGGCUUACAGCCCUGCGGACAGCGUGCUGCCCACCCCUGUGGCCGAGCACAGCCUGGAGCUGAUGCUACUCUCCCGGCAGAUCAACGGGGCAACCUGCAGCAUCGAGGAGGAGAAGGAGUCUGAGGCCAGCACCCCGACUGCCGCCGAGCUGGAGGCCCUCGGGGGCGAGCUGAGGGCCCUGUGUCAGGGGCACAGCAGGCCGGAGGAGGAACAGGCGAUGGUUUGCCUGCAAAAUCCGCUCAGUGGUGAGCCUGCUCAUUGA